AUGUAUGGUACUAUCGAGGGUACUAUGUAUGGUACUAUCGAGGGUACUAUGUAUGGUACUAUCGAGGGUACUAUGUAUGGUACUAUCGAGGGUACUAUGUAUGGUACUAUCGAGGGUACUAUGUAUGGUACUAUCGAGGGUACUAUGUAUGGUACUAUCGAGGGUACUAUGUAUGGUACUAUCGAGGGUACUAUGUAUGGUACUAUCGAGGGUACUAUGUAUGGUACUAUCGAGGGUACUAUGUAUGGUACUAUCGAGGGUACUAUGUAUGGUACUAUCGAGGGUACUAUGUAUGGUACUAUCGAGGGUACUAUGUAUGGUACUAUCGAGGACUUUGUCAUCGUUAUUUGCGGGCAGAGGCAUGCGGAGCUYCAAAUCCGAUAG